AUGUCCAUUUGGGAUGCGCUGACGGGACGCAAGUCCUCGUCGCAAACCUCGUCAUCAAGCGCCCCCUCCGCGCCCUCCGCGCCCACAACUACAACGACUACGACAGGUCUCCAACCGACUCCCUUUGACCCCACAGCGCCACAGGGCGUUGACGCCUUCCUUGGCACCUCUUCCUUCGCCGAUCCCUCACAACUACACCCUCUCGCGGGGCUGAACAAGGACACGCUAGACUACCUCACCCUCGAAGACUCAGCGCUCUCGGAGCUGCCCGGCUCGCAAUCAGUGCUGCCGUCCCGCGGCUUCACAGAUGAUCUCUGCUACGGCACCGGCACAACAUACCUGGCGGGCCUGGCGAUAGGCGGUGCGUGGGGUUUACAAGAAGGGCUGAGGAAAACGGCUGGCCAGCCACCAAAGCUGCGGCUGAACGGUAUUCUUAACUCGGUCACCCGGAGAGGUCCGUUCCUGGGGAACUCGGCCGGCGUCGUGGCGAUCUGCUACAACUGCAUCAACUCGUAUAUCGGUUACUUGCGGGGCAAGAACGAUGCCGCCAACACAAUCGUGGCCGGCGCCCUCAGCGGCAUGCUGUUCAAGAGCACAAGGGGGUUUCGACCGAUGAUGAUCUCAGGCGGUAUCGUGGCCUCGGUGGCUGGUGCCUGGGCGAUUGUCAGGAGGGCAUUCUUCCAAGGCUCAACCUCGCAUGGCGAGGCUCACGCAACACUCUAGAGGUGUAUUUGAAUCCGCUUUGCCUCGCACAUCGACGCGAUAUACGGCUUUCUUGGCCACUUUGAACCCACCUCUUUAAUCUACUGAGAGCAGCACUCUUUCACAAAGCUGUUUUGUGUGUUUAUGUCCCUUAGAGGACUGAUGUGUACGAAACUGGGUCGGGAGGUUAAAGGAGCGGGUACGCAUAGCGCAGGGUAUCUCUCCUCCCCUUGAAAAUCUGUAUAUUAGCGGCUUAUGAUCAUAGAGUGCCUCGGUUGAACGCAUAGGCAUGCGGAGGUUUUCGAUCACUCUGAUGGCGGUGUCAGCACCCGUUGGCGAGCUUCGCACGGUGCUCACCAGUGUGCGUGCGGAAGGGAGUUUGAGGCGACGGACUGAUCCUGUUUAUUAGUUCAUCCUAUAUAGCCUUCUUACUCUGUAGCGCAAUACAGUGUAACCAGAUAUCACCUGCUUUGGCCACACCG